ACACAACCAGCCUGUCAAUCACAAUUAAGGAACCAUGGGAGUAAAAUGGUCGGGAAGCUAGGCGAAACCACUGUGUUUACGCUCAACAUUGUUUUAAUUUGCGCACAAACGAGCAUUAUGCACCGGUACAUUGUGGGAAAUCCGGACCCGUCCUCGCCAACUGGGAACCUCUCUACUUUUACGGGAAUUGGCAUGGGACUUUACAUUUGAUAACAAGAGAGAAAGAAAGAAAGAAAGAAAGAGGAAAAAACUUAGCGACUUUCAGUUGACUGCUAUUUCUCUCUCACAGUCUGAACAAAAUACGUAAGUAGCUGUAAAUAUUUGCGUAAAAAAGGCGGUUCCCUUGAGGAUUAUACUUACUCCAAGUGCAGGAUAUUAGUGGAAAUCUCUACUGUUCAUUUCUGUGGACUGCCUUUGUCGGUAACAAGAAGACACUCCCCAAAAACAGUCGAGGAACAAACGAGCUCGGGCUCCGGGGACAGCAAACAGGGAGCAGAGAUGAGUGGGGGAGAGGUGGUGUACUCAGGUUGGCUGAGAAAAUCUCCUCCUGAAAAAAAGUUGAGACGUUACGCAUGGAAGAAGCGAUGGUUUGUUCUUCGCAGUGGCCGUCUGACAGGCGACCCCGACGUAUUGGAGUACUACAAGAAUGACCAUACCAAGAAACCCAUCCGUGUGAUUGAUCUCAACUUGUGUGAGCAGGUGGAUGCUGGGCUGACGUUUAACAAGAAAGACCUGGAGUACAGCUAUAUAUUUGACAUCAAGACCUUCGAUCGUGUCUUCUACCUAGUGGCCGACACUGAAGAAGAGAUGAAUACGUGGGUUCGCCACAUCUGUGACAUCUGUGGUUUUAACCCCACUGAUGAUGAAGCAGCGAAAGCUGCUCACCACUCAGCUGCAGGGGGCCUUGUGGUGGAUACACCUCCACACACAGCUUUCACUAACUUAUCUGGUCAAGCAGCAUCUGUGCUGUCUGGCGUGCCACCUCCAUACCACCCGGUUAGUGUGGGACACCUCAACUCUCAGUCUAGUUCAGAGGAGCCCCAGGAUUACCUGUGGCUUGCCAACUGUGAGAGCAAAAAACCUGAGCCUAAUAGAGCUCAUGCCGAGUGCUCCAAGUCUACCUCUUCAGAGACGGACCUGAAUGACAACCUCCCAUCUCAUCACACACCUACAUCCUCCACUUCCUCAGCAAAACACAGCACCCACAAUGGCUUCUUUCCACAACAUCCAACUCCAGCUUCUGCCCCUUCCUUCUACGACUCGCCUCCCCCUCGUGGUGCAACCGACAGUGGCCUCUAUCAGCUCCCUCGCAGUUACUCUCAGGACACUGUGCUGCUCCCUAAAUCAGCAUCCUCCCCUCCUGGUUAUCGAGACAGCGGAGAUGCAAGUGACCUUUAUGUCUUCAACACACCUUCAAGAAAGCCCUCAAUAGAGAAACAGAUGCGUAAUCUCUCCAUCAGUUACGACAUCCCACCCACUCCCGGAGCAAACUCGACUUACCAGGUUCCUCGCACAUUGUCGACGGGGGCGGGAGGCUCAGAGAGUGGGCCAGAUGUCGUACCUCCUCCUCGGCCACCCAAGCCCUCACUGGGCUCCACAUCGGGGCUCCCUCCACCCCCUGCUGAACGCUCACCUACGGACACCUACUGUGUGCCUCGCUCGGCCUCGGAGGCAGAUGGAAACUACUGUGUGCCAACUAGUGCUGGGAGUAAGGCUUUACGAAGCAACACUAUAGGCACUGUGGACUGUUCACGAAUCCGCAAAGAAUUCGGAUCCCAGGACUGCUACGAUAUUCCUAGAUCAUUCCCCUCUGAAAAAAGCUGCUCAUUUGACUUCAAUGAAAACUUCAACACCUACUUUAAAAACAAAGGAAUGGUGCUAGUGGGCAGCCAGUCCACGGAAGAGGUCGACCAGAACUAUGUCCCCAUGAGCGUGAACUCCCCGUCGCAUCAUCAGUCAGGCAAUUUGCAAGAACCAGUGCACGAAACAAACUAUGUGCCCAUGACCCCGAGCACUAUGGAGUUCUCGUCACUGGGAAAACAGGUUCCACCACCUGCCCACAUGGGUUUCCGCUCAAGUCCAAAGACCCCUCCUCGUAAACCGGUGCUCAGUAACUGCCAGCCGCCACCUGUGGAUCGGAAUCUCAAACCUGACCGUAAAGGUCAGAGUCCUAAAAUAAGACCAAAAGGUGUCUGUUUAGAGCGAACAGACUCUCAAACCGUUGGUGAAUUCCCGAGGGGACGACGCAAGGGGAAGCCUGCUCCAUUGGAGAUCAAACCACUACCAGAAUGGGAGGAGCCCUGCACACCCAUCCGCUCGCCUGUCACGCGGUCAUUUGCGCGAGAUUUCUCUAGGUUUCCAAUGCCAGCGAGACCGCCGUCAGUGCAUAGCACGGCCUCCAGCACUGACUCCGAAGACUGUACUGAGAAUUAUGUAAUCAUGGAUUCUAAUAUGUCCACAGAUGAACCAAUCAUGAAGCUUCCAGCACCUUUGCCUUCAGAAGGUGGGAGCAGCCCUAUGGUGAAGCCAAAGCGAGAUAAGCAGGUGGAAUAUUUGGAUUUGGAUCUUGAUUCCGGCAAGUCCACCCCUCCCAGGAAGAUGAAAAACAAUGGGACUGGCAUUACUGCGUCCGAUGAGCGGGUUGACUACGUGGUUGUGGAUCAGCAACGCACACAGGCCCUUAAGAGCACCAGGGAGGCGUGGAGUGAAGAUCGGCAAUCCACGGAGACAGAUACCCCCUCCAAAGUACCCAAAUGAACUCAUCCCAACUACCAACUCACCUUCCAAUCCUCUGAUCUGUUGGGCCUUUUACACUAGUUUAGGCUCUGGUUUGAGCUUUUGGGUGGUUCAACCUAGACGGAUCCUUAGAGAAUAGGAGCCAGUGGAUUAUCAUAGCCACUUAUCUGACCUUAGUUUACACUGCCGUCAGGCCUAUGAUAGCACUGUGUGUACAUUUGUAGAAAGAGGUGUGGGCCAGGAAUAAGCUUUAUGCAGUAUAAAAACAGGUGGAAUGACUGGACUUGCGUUUGGGAGUUUGACUUUAGCGGACUCAUGAACUUUGAACAUUCACUGCCUCCUAUAUGAAUUAGAGGGCUUUUUUUUUCAUCUUUUCUGUUGCCUGUGGGCUGAUACAGAGUUAACAUUUCCUUAAAUUGUAAUGCUGUUUGGUGUUUUGGAGUGUACAUGAAAUCACUUGAUAACAUAAUCAUGAUGCUUAGUCAAUGCAGCACUACUAGAUAGCACAGCAGGCGAACUGUUGAUUUGUCAGUUUCUGCUGUUUUUACCUGGGAGAGGUUUCGGUGGACUGCGUCGACGGGUCAGUUUUAAACAUUUUUUUUUUCCUUUUUAGUUACAUCGAAUGACUCAAACUGACGGCAACCUGUGUCCAAGCCAACACUUCAAACCAUGAGCCUUGUACGAAAGACUUUCACACAUGCAUUACUUUUCUUUCAAUGGAAAGACAGUUGGACUCAUUCAUUUUAAGGGUAACCAAGUGCUAAAUCUAAGCUUUAGAGUAACUUAAGGUUUAAUCCACUGAAUAUGAUUUUUAUUUCCAUUUAUUUCGUAAGUGGAAAUGCUUCAAUCUAUUGUUAUAGAAUUGCAAAGACUGUACAAAAGUGUUAUGUAUAUAAACAGGAAAAGUGUCCUUUAUUUGUUUGAAAUGUCCACCGUGUUUGACUCCAAGGUAUAUGGGUUCUGCAGGGUAGAAUCCUGUACCUGUCUUAGAUGGUUUCAGGACUUGUGAUUAAUGAAUGAAUUACUGUGAGUUUUUAAGAGCGUGACAGGUUUUCUAUAAGUUAUGCAAAGGAAUUAAACUUGGAUUACAGAGAGAGAAAAUCAGGUACUUGUUAUAAAUGCAUACUAACAACUUUCCAUUUCUAAUUUAUUUCUCGAGUAAUUUCAUCAGAUCCGUGUUAUGACCAGUUUAAUUAAGUAUUCUUGAUACAAAUUGCAAAACAUUUGUUGGAGCAUACUUUGGCAUGUGCCAGUGAAUGAGCUUUAUAAGUUCAUUUCUCCUUCGCUCUUGUCUCUCAUCUCUCUAAGGUUUAAUUUAUUCUAACCUGAAUUGGCAAACAAUGAUGAUAACCUGACUGCCAUGUGUGGUCAGGUCUAGGCAUUGCUUAUGGAGGGUCUGUCUCCAUAGAUCUUUGCUUUACUAACCUGUUGUCUCUCUGAGAUCCCGAGCAUGUGCUACCACAAGACAAGAUGAUUGCUGUACAUAUUUUGCUAUCGAUUGUAUUAACAUGUAUCUUUUAAAAGAUGUGCCUACCAAGUCAUCUUCAUUCGACUUCACUCUUUCCUUGUUGCAGUUUCUUUGUGAUACAAACUGCAUAGCUGAUGAUGCUUUAUCUUUUUUAACAAAUCUCAACAAAAUGUAAAUUUGAAAAGUGGACUAAAUAAAAUCCAACCUCUUAUG